CUCUCCAUUCUCCUUGGUUUCCUCUGCUGGAAUGUUCUCUCACUUCAUCUGUGUAUCACCUUCAACAGUCAGCUCAGAUACUACGUUGCCGGGAAGAGGUCCCUUAUCCUGUCUCCUGCGACUUGUCCAGUGCCCUGGUAAUUAGGAUUCGGCACCCUGGGUUUUGUCCUGUUCCCAUCACCAGCCAGUGACACCACAGUGCACAGCAGACUGUAUGGCUCAAGAUUUGCUUGUAAAUGUAUCACGAAGAGGCAGCCCAGAAUGAAGAAAGCAAGCAGGAGUGUUGGCUUAGUGCCUAAAGUGUCUGGGAUAAGCAAAACGCAAACAGUAGAAAAAACUAAACCCGAAAACAGUUCUUCAGCAUCUGCAGGAGGCAAACUUGUAAAACCUGGAACAGCAGCAUCAUUGUCAAAGACCAAGAGCAGUGAUGACCUUUUAGCCGGAAUGGCUGGAGGGGCGACAGUGACUAAUGGUGUUAAGGGAAAGAAGAGCACCUGCCCUUCCACAGCAUCCUCAGCGUCUGCCCCUGCCAUGAGCACCGUGGAGAGCAAGUCCAAGAUUAGCACAGGCACAAGUUCUUCAACCAAGCGGAGCACUUCCACAGGUAAUAAAGAAUCCAGUUCUACUAGAGAAAGAUUACGCGAACGUACCCGGCUAAACCAGAGCAAAAAACUACCUUCUGCAGGUCAGGGAGCUAAUGACGUGGCACUGGCUAAACGUUCCCGCAGUCGCACUGCCGCGGAGUGUGACGUGCGCAUGAGCAAGUCUAAGUCAGACAAUCAGAUCAGUGACAAAGCUGCUCUGGAAGCCAAAGUGAAAGAUCUUCUCACGCUGGCCAGAACCAAAGACGUGGAAAUUUUACAUUUGAGAAAUGAACUUCGAGACAUGCGUGCUCAGCUGGGCAUUAAUGAGGAUCAUUCCGAGGGGGAUGAAAAAUCUGAGGAGAAGGAAGCCAUUAUUGCUCACCAGCCAACUGACGUUGAGUCCACUUUAUUGCAGUUACAGGAACAGAACACUGCCAUCCGUGAGGAACUCAACCAGCUGAAAAAUGAAAACAGAAUGUUAAAGGACAGGUUGAAUGCGCUGGGCUUUUCCCUGGAGCAGAGGUUAGAUAAUUCUGAAAAACUGUUUGGCUAUCAGUCCCUGAGCCCAGAAAUCACCCCUGGGAACCAGAGUGAUGGAGGGGGGACUGUGACUUCCUCGGUGGAGGGCUCUGCCCCGGGGUCAGUGGAGGAUCUUCUGAGUCAGGAUGAAAACACCCUGAUGGACCAUCAGCACAGUAACUCUAUGGACAACUUAGACAGCGAGUGCAGUGAGGUGUACCAGCCCCUCACAUCCAGUGAUGACGCCCUCGAUGCACCGUCGUCCUCAGAGUCAGAAGGCGUUCCGAGCACAGAGCGCUCCCGGAAGGGGAGCAGUGGGAAUGCCAGCGAGGUGUCCGUUGCUUGCUUGACAGAACGGAUACACCAGAUGGAAGAGAACCAGCACAGCACAAGUGAGGAACUUCAGGCAACCCUGCAAGAGCUAGCCGAUCUCCAACAGAUUACCCAAGAGCUGAAUAGUGAGAACGAAAGGCUGGGAGAGGAGAAGGUUAUUCUCAUGGAGUCUCUGUGUCAGCAAAGUGAUAAGUUGGAACACUUUAGCCGACAAAUUGAAUAUUUCCGCUCCCUUCUAGAUGAGCACCACAUUUCUUACGUCAUAGAUGAAGAUGUAAAAAGUGGACGCUAUAUGGAAUUAGAACAGCGCUACAUGGAUCUCGCUGAGAAUGCCCGUUUUGAGCGAGAGCAGCUCCUUGGUGUCCAGCAGCAUCUAAGUAAUACUUUGAAGAUGGCAGAACAAGACAAUAAGGAAGCUCAAGAAAUGAUAGGGGCGCUCAAAGAACGUAAUCACCAUAUGGAGCGAAUUAUUGAGUCUGAGCAGAAGGGUAAAGCGGCCUUGGCAGCCACACUGGAGGAGUACAAAGCCACAGUGGCCAGUGACCAGAUCGAGAUGAACCGCCUGAAGGCCCAGCUAGAGAAUGAAAAGCAGAAAGUGGCAGAGCUGUACUCCAUCCAUAACUCUGGAGACAAAUCUGAUAUUCAGGAUCUCCUGGAGAGCGUCAGGCUAGACAAAGAAAAAGCAGAGACUUUGGCAAGUAGCCUUCAGGAAGACCUGGCUCAUACCCGAAAUGAUGCCAAUCGAUUGCAGGACGCCAUUGCAAAGGUAGAAGAUGAAUACAGAGCCUUCCAAGAAGAAGCUAAAAAACAAAUAGAAGAUUUGAACAUGACAUUAGAAAAAUUAAGAUCAGAACUGGAGGAAAAAGAGACCGAAAGGAGCGACAUGAAAGAAACCAUUUUUGAACUUGAAGAUGAAGUAGAACAGCAUCGAGCCGUGAAACUUCAUGACAACCUCAUUAUUUCUGAUUUAGAGAAUGCAGUUAAAAAACUGCAGGACCAGAAACACGACAUGGAGAGAGAAAUCAAGACGCUGCACAGGAGACUCCGGGAGGAAUCUGCAGAGUGGCGGCAGUUUCAGGCUGAUCUUCAGACCGCAGUGGUCAUUGCAAACGACAUUAAGUCAGAAGCUCAAGAGGAGAUUGGUGAUCUGAAGCGCCGGUUACAUGAGGCUCAGGAAAAAAAUGAGAAACUCACAAAAGAAUUGGAAGAAAUAAAGUCACGCAAGCAAGAAGAGGAGCGAGGCCGGGUAUACAACUAUAUGAAUGCUGUUGAGAGAGAUUUGGCAGCCUUAAGGCAGGGGAUGGGACUGAGUAGAAGAUCCUCGACUUCCUCUGAGCCAACCCCCACGGUAAAGACCCUCAUCAAGUCCUUCGACAGUGCGUCUCAAGUACCAACCCCUGCGGCAGCUGCAAUUCCUCGAACCCCUCUCAGUCCAAGUCCUAUGAAAACCCCCCCUGCAGCAGCUGUCUCCCCUAUGCAGAGACAUUCCAUAAGUGGACCAAUUUCUACAUCCAAACCCCUGACAUCCCUGUCAGAUAAGAGACCAAACUAUGGAGAAAUCCCUGUUCAAGAGCAUCUAUUAAGGACAUCUUCAACCAGCCGACCUGCUUCUCUGCCAAGAGUACCUGCCAUGGAAAGUGCCAAGACCAUCUCAGUGUCUCGACGAAGUAGCGAAGAGAUGAAACGAGACAUCUCUGCACCAGAGGGAGCAUCACCGGCCUCUCUCAUGGCCAUGGGCACCACGUCGCCACAGCUCUCCCUCUCCUCCUCGCCCACAGCGUCCGUGACGCCCACCGCCCGCAGCCGGAUAAGGGAAGAAAGGAAGGACCCUCUCUCAGCAUUGGCAAGAGAAUAUGGAGGAUCAAAGAGGAAUGCUUUGCUGAAGUGGUGUCAGAAGAAAACAGAAGGCUACCAGAAUAUUGACAUUACAAACUUCAGCAGCAGCUGGAACGACGGGCUGGCCUUCUGUGCGCUUCUGCACACGUACCUCCCAGCCCACAUUCCGUACCAGGAACUGAACAGCCAAGACAAGCGAAGGAACUUCACCUUGGCCUUCCAGGCGGCUGAGAGUGUCGGCAUCAAAUCCACACUGGACAUCAAUGAGAUGGUGCGAACGGAGCGGCCCGACUGGCAGAACGUGAUGCUGUACGUGACGGCGAUCUACAAGUACUUCGAGACCUGAGCGCGCCCAGAGGACCUCCCCAGUCACCAGGCGACACCACCAACAGUAGCUGUGCGCCCCGUAAAGCUUUCAGCAACUCUGUAGGCUGCCCCCAAGCGUGUGAGCCUUCAGCCCAGCACCUCCACAUUGGGAGAACUUGGGUCUGUAUGGCCCAUGGCUCAACCAAGCACCUUCCACGCGACCUGUCCAGUCAGAGGUCAGAGUGGACUCAGCACCCUGCGGGCACGCUGAUGUGCAGCUGGAGCUCCUCUUCUGAAGAGAACACUGACCUGUGUCAGUGCUGCGGGCUAUUUAAAAUGAGGCUCGUGUACAGCUGAACUUGGGGGAGGGGUUACAUUAGUGGGCAGCUCACAGGGGCGUAGUGAAAGCUUAAGUAAGCCACAGCACUCCCGCCUACUUGCCAGGGCAGGUGCCACUGCCCUGCACACUGAGUAGGGAACCCGGUGCCCGGCAGAGGUUCCUGCCCCCCAGCACCAGGCAGUGGGCCUCAGCUCUGUACUCGGGCUUGGUUCGAAGGAGUGUGGCACCACAGCAGUGGGACAGCAACCCCUUCCAUGUGGCAGGGCUGUUACAGUCGACGCAGUUUAGAUGUUUUCAGACCAAGCUCGCAGGUGACGACUCACAGUCGGGGUUCUCCGCUGCCACCGCCCCAGUCACGGGGCUGCGCCUGUGUGGAUGGGAGACGGGCCAGGGGCCCCUCGCCGGUGCUCUGCCGACCUCCAGCCUUGACGGGUCUCGUAAAUGCAGCUCUGGCUGUAGGGUUCUGGAAAAAAGACUUGAUCAUAAAGAAUUCUCUAGUUUAAAAACUUUUUUUCCUCGAGCAAUAUCGAGGGACAAUAGCUCCUGUUGUAUUAGCACCACAGGUAAACUGCUUUAGUAAGCGUAGAGAUAAAACCCAAACCUGGACACGAGCAUGGCAAAAGCCGGGAAUGGAGUUGGCGGUCGCAGGAGAAAAAACGAAACAACCCACAGGAACGCAGACGGUAUAAUUUAAAGUCACUCUGAGUUGCCCAGAUACAACCCUCCCGGGCCAGAACUGAAGGAAGUGCCUUAACUCUCCUUGCAAGGGCAGCCGCCACAGCCCGGGGAUGGAGCUGGUCCCCGGCCGUGCCGCCCCAGCCACCUUACAGGCGUCGGGCAGCCUCCCCACAGCCCCACCCACACAGUUGGAACCAGAGCCAUGUCUGACAGGCGUUCUGUCGGACUGGCUCUCAGACUGGGCCUUGGCCCUCCUCGGAAAUGGGGCCCAGGUCUCCUGUGCACCUAACAUGGUAGCUUUUUGUUUCAAUGAUACCAAGUCCUGUUGCUUCCAGCACACAGCUGUGCUUAGCACCUGGAAAGGGACAUGAGGAAGAGCUUCCACCGGGAGAAGCAGGCUCGCUGCUCCAGCCGCAGGUGCAAGGAGGGGAUUUGCAGAAGGACGCUGGCCGGCGUGGGGUGAGGCCUCUUCAUUCAAGGGUGAUGUUCUAAGCCAGGAGUUCGACGCAUCUGUAGCCUAAAAGAGGAGGUGGCCGUGAUGAGACAGGCUGUGUGUGUGCCGCCUGCUGGCCACAGUCACCAGGUGGUUAGCGAAGGCCUUUCCACCCCAUCCAGAUGUCCCGACCUGGCUGCUCCAGCUGCUGCCUUGGCAGGGGGCUUUUUGUAAAAUGCCUGCUUUUGGCUAAGGGAGGAGAGGUUGGUGAGCAGCGCCCAGCCCCUGAGCACACAGACAGACCUCAGUGGAUACCUGUCCCCAUCCUCCAGUCCUGGGUUCUGCUUCUAUGUUUGCUCUGUAGGCAGGUGCUGUCCACUGAGGGGCUGUUCUGGUGAGAGCAACUGGUGUCUCUCCACAGCUGGUCCUUGGCGCCGCCCCCCCCGCCCCUUGCUCCCAUUUGCCCUCACAGAGGCCUGUGCCCUAGUCUGGACCCAGGGUGUCUAAUCUGCAGCCCUGGUUUUUGUUUGUUUAUUUAUUAUGUUGGCGGGAUGGGGAGUUGUCCUGAAAAGGGCAGCAGAGUAUCAUUAUCGACUUAAAAAUUUCUUUAAGCCGAUAAUGUUUCUUGGAUCUGUAGUUCACACCUUUGUCCCUUCCCAGCCAGGUGAGCCAACCCUGGCUGCUCCUGCUGUCAGGGUCCCCAGUGUCUUCUGGAGGUGGGUGGCCACUGCUGAUGGGCUGGCUUUGUCCAGCAUGGUGCCCUGGGCCCUGUGACAGGGCAGAGGGUGGUCAAGGGGAGGGAUUGGCCUGGGCUCAGCCUGUCUGGGGACCAGCCUGUCUCCCUGCCAACAGGCCAUGUGAUGGUACCUGGCUGAGCUGCCCACAUCUGCAUGUGGAGCACAGGUGGGAAGACUCCAGAAGUGUGACUCAUUGCUUCUUCCAAUAGGAUCCUUGUAACACUUGGCUUUAUCGGAUGGUUCUAGAUGGUCAUAUGUAACUGAAAAUGAUAACUCUUGAGGUGAUUUUGAGGUGACAUGAAGCUUCCAGAAAGUCACUUUUUCUCCCUUCAAGCAUAAGCUUUACUGCAAAAGGGCCAGUUAACAUUUCUAUUUCUCUUGCCCACGGGCUUCUGCUGAUGAUACUUUUUAAUUUUGUUCUAUUAAAUAUUCUUGAAUGUAUUAAAAUUGCCGAAACACAUAAGGCUUGGGCUUUCCUAGUUCACAACC